AUGGUAGAUGCGAUUACGGGAUUCGUUGUGGGAAAGAUAGGCAACUAUCUCAUUGAAGAAGCAUCGAUGUUGAUGGUAGUCAAAGAUGAUCUAGAAGACCUAAAGACAGAGUUGACGUGCAUCCAAGGUUAUCUCAAGGAUGUUGAAGCGCGAGAACAAGAAGAUGAGGUUUCGAAAGAGUGGACAAAACUGGUUUUAGAUAUCGCUUAUGACGUCGAGGAUGUUUUGGACACCCAUCACAUGAAACUCGAAGAAAGAUCACAAAGGCGAGGAUUCAAGAGAUGGAACAACAAAAUAGGCAGGAAGAUGGAUGCGUACAACAUAGUUGAAGAUAUCAGAAUCCUCAAGAGAAGAAUCUUGGAUGUUACUCGCAAGCGGGAGACUUAUGGCAUAGGAAACUUCAGUGAGCGUCGAGGAGGAGAGAGUAAUUUAAGCUUAAGGGUACGGGAGCUUCGGCGUGCUCGGUCUGUUGAUCAAGAAGAGCUUGUAGUUGGUUUGGAAGAUGAUGUUAAGAUUCUAUUGGAAAAGCUUCUCGAUGAGAGAGAGUACAAUAGAUUUAUUAUCUCGAUCUUCGGUAUGGGAGGUCUCGGAAAGACUGCACUUGCUAGGAAGCUCUACAACUCCGAGGAUGUGAAGAGAAGAUUCGAAUACCGCGCGUGGACUUAUGUUUCUCAAGAUUUUAAAACUGGAGAUAUACUUAUGAGAAUCAUUAGAUCUUUGGGGUUGGCUUCUGCGAAAGAGUUGGAGAAGAUCAGGAAGUUUACAGAGGAGGAGUUAGAAGUUUACCUUCAUAGUAUUUUAGAAGGGAAAAAAUAUCUGGUGGUGGUAGAUGAUAUAUGGGAGCGAGAAGCGUGGGAGAGUUUAAAGAGAGCGUUACCUUGCAACCAUGAAGGAAGUAUAGUUAUCAUCACUACCCGUAUUAGAGCUGUUGCUGAAGGCGUGGACGGGAGAUUCUAUGCUCAUAAGUUAAGAUUCUUGACGUUUGAAGAAAGCUGGAAGUUGUUUGAACAGAAAUCAUUCAUGAAUAUGGAAUGGGUUGAUGAAGAUCUGCAGAAAAUCGGAAAAGAAAUGGUUCAAAAAUGCAGUGGAUUACCACUUGCUAUAGUCGUUCUUGCGGGGCUUUUGUCGAAGAAGAGUCCAAGCGAGUGGAAUGAUGUGUGUAAGAGUUUAUGGAGACGCCUAAAGGAUAACUCCAUUCAUGUUUCCACUUUAUGUGAUCUAAGCCUCAAGGAGAUGCGACAAGAGUUGAAACUUUGCUUUCUUUACCUUAGUAUCUUCCCUGAGGACUAUGAGAUUGAGGUAGAGAAGUUGAUACAGUUACUUGUAGCAGAAGGGUUUAUACAAGGGGAUGAAGAGAUGAUGAUGGAAGAUGUGGCUCGGUACUACAUCGAAGAGCUGAUAGACAGAAGCUUAGUGGAAGCAGUGAGAGUAGAAAGAGGAAAAGUGAUGUCUUGUAGAAUCCAUGAUCUUCUGAGAGACGUGGCUAUCAAGAAAUCUAAAGAGCUAAACUUUGUAAACGUUUAUAACGAUCAUCAUGUGGCACAACAUACUUGUUGCAGAAGGGAAGUGGUUAACCAUCAGAUCAUCAACAAAUACUUCUCUGAGAAACGUAUGAACAAAAGGAUGCGAUCCUUCCUCUUCUUUGGAGAAUCGAGGGUUACUGUUAAAACUACUAACUUGAACAUGAAGCUACUUCGAGUGCUUAAUCUUGGAGGGGUUCAUUUUAUUCAAAAAGGAGUUAUUACAGCAUUGAGUUUCCCAGAUGUGGUCGGGGAUUUAAUCUACUUGAGGGAUAACGGAAACGAUCUCAAGACCCAGCUUGACAUAAUCGCAUUCCCCAAGUCACAUAAGACUUUUCAAUAA